CAGGUAGGAUUUGAGAAUUGUGGGUAAAAUCUCAACGUGUUGGAAAUUCCUGCAAAUUUCAGAGAAAACAGUGUUUAGCUCUGUACGUGAGGUAUAUCAUUGGCUAUUUUCGUCAUUGGAGAAUCCCUUUGGGUUUUGUGCCCCUGGAUGAUGUGGUUGUAAAGGGUGGCGUUACUUGGAAGCCACUCUACACAACCCAGUGAACUGCUUGUUUGCACUAGACAAGCUUUCUUCAAGAUAUAAAAGUAGCAGGAUUUCUUGGAUCAGCCCACCAAUUAUUACUCAUGAAGAUGGUACUGUCACAUAGACAAAAGGAAGAGCUAAACAAAGCUAUAGCAGACUACCUGAGUUCAAAUGGGUACAUGAAUGCACUCAAUGAGUUCCAGAAGGAAACUGGAAUGAAUGGAGAGCUGGAUAAGAAGUACAUGGGAUUAUUAGAAAAGAAAUGGACGUCAGUUAUAAGGUUACAGAAGAAGGUCAUGGACCUAGAGGCCAAGCUUUCAGAGGCAGAGAGAGAGUUCAAUGCUGGGGGCCCACCACGUGAUAAACGCAGUCCAACAGAAUGGAUUCCAAGGCCACCAGAGAAGUAUGCUCUCACUGGACACCGUAGUCCAGUUACCAAAGUCAUCUUUCACCCAGUCUUCAGUGUCAUGGUAUCAUCCAGUGAGGAUGCUAGUAUUAAGGUAUGGGACUAUGAAACUGGUGACUAUGAGAGAACCCUAAAAGGUCACACAGACUCAGUACAGGACAUUUCAUUUGAUCACACGGGUAAAUGGCUAGUGUCCUGCUCUGCAGAUAUGAGCAUCAAACUAUGGGACUUUUCAAGCUUUGAAUGUGUGAAGACCAUGCACGGCCAUGACCACAAUGUUUCUAGUGUAACUUUCGUUCCUAGUGGAGACUUCAUUGUGUCGUCUUCUCGAGACAAAUCUAUAAAGAUGUGGGAAGUCGCCACAGGAUAUUGUGUGAAAACCUUCACAGGACACCGAGAGUGGGUGAGAAUGGUGAGAGUCAACCAUGAUGGAACCCUACUGGCCAGUUGCUCCAAUGAUCAGACUGUUCGUAUCUGGGUUGUGUCCACAAGAGAGUGCAAAGUGGAACUACGAGAACACGAACACGUUGUGGAAUGUGUUGCUUGGGCUCCAGAGUCCUCUACACCUGCUAUCACUGAGGCUGCAGGAAAUGAUAUAAAGAAGGGUGCUCGUGCCGGCCCCUUCCUCGUUUCUGGCUCUAGGGACAAGACCAUUAAGUUGUGGGACAUCAGUGCUGGAAUAUGCCUCUUCAGCCUUGUUGGCCAUGAUAACUGGGUGCGAGGUUUGGUCUUCCAUCCUGGAGGAAAGUACCUGCUCAGUGCCUCUGAUGACAAAACUCUCAGAGUGUGGGAUAUCAAAAACAAACGGAACCAGAAAACUCUGGAUGCUCAUUCACAUUUUGUGACCUCUUUAGAUUUCCAUCGGAAUGCUCCCUAUGUUAUAUCAGGGAGCGUAGAUCAGUAUAUCAAAGUCUGGGAAUGCCGUUAAUAGUUCACCAUGGAUAGCUUAUGAGGGAGAGUGGAUACACGGAGAUGUGACAUGAGAGAAAGAGAGGGAUAAGAGGGGGGAAACAAGAUGGUUGCUCACCCUAUGGCCCAGUGAGCAUGUUCUAUUUAAACAAGUUUGCUUUAUGUGUCAGGACUGGUUAGUCCCCACCGCCAAACAGAUUUGUUGCUGUAACCUCAGAUCCAGGGUUUCUCUUUAUUAUGUUGUUAUCAAACCAGCUCUGUGUGUAUGAGUAUGAGUCUGACAGUGCAUCUUAUUGGAAAUUCACCCACUGAAUUGAGUAAGGUAGCAUCAGGAGGGCUCACUGGAAAAGGAUGUGCUUUAGAAAGGGGUCGGAGUUUCCUUUAAGGUGUUGCACUAUGUGUCUAUGAGCCCCCCCGAGUGUGCCAUGGUGUUAUGAACCAAGUUACUGCAAUAUAUAUUGUCAUCACUUUACUACAUUUGAUGUAUAAAUUAUUGACUCACUGUGUAUAUUAUAGUAUAAAUGUACAGUAUGUAACAUGCUGCUUGGAUUGUGUAGAUGUGUCCUUGGCUGUGCCAACUGCAGCCCCAUACUGCUAAAACGGAACUAUAGUAGGUCAACAUGACUGCUCUUAAAACCAAGGUGGCUGACAUGUUCUUCAUGAAACUGGUUGAUGAAUGAACUUUUUCUUUUUUGCCACAGUGGGGGUAUUUCUUUUGGAUUGAAAAUAACAAGUUCAGAACUCGAGCUACCUGUUUGUCUUGCAGUCAUGUUUUGAAUAUUCGAGUAUGUAACUUGGUUCUUUGGAGUGACACAUUUACUUAACAUAAUCUUAAACAAAAAUUACAAAAAUUUGAGCCAAGGAUACUCUGAAAGAUUUCUGUUACUGUUACCUGUUAUAGGUCACUGUGAUUCUGUGUUCCUUACUGUAGCAUGCUCAUAAUAUCAACUAAUGGUGUAUGUGUGUGUGUGGAUUGUGAUUGCGAUAGCUGUGAAUAGCUGAACACAUUGUGUUGUCACACAGUGUUACCUGUGGUAUACAUGCAUGACUUCAACAGUAAUUAGUGAACAGUAAAACCUGUUGCAUGGUGAUGUGUACCUUUGUUGUAUUAGGUGUGCCAAGGACAUGUAAACUCAAAUGGUUCAUCAUUAAUGUUACAGAAAAGCAUUUCUUAAUUAGUCGCAAGCAACAUGAAGCUGCCAGUACAUCUAAUAUAAGCAUUUCAAAAUUAAUGGAGCACUUCUAAGCAGAAUUUUGCCUUGUGGUGCUACAGAUAACGCUUUAGUACUUAUUGGCAGUUUCUUUCAUACACAAAGUAACUCUUAUUCAUCAGACAUGCAAUUUUGAGAGAUAGUGUGAAAUUUUAAACCAAACCCAAAUGUAGCAUUUUUGUGUCAUAUGGUUGUUUGAAGAAAAAUCAUCACAUGCAUACACAUACAAGUAUGAACAUGGGAGGCAGAUAUGUGAACUGUGCUUAGCUUAAUUUCUAUAGCUAAAUCCUGUUUAAUUGAACAGAAAUAUUUGUAUAAAAUAGAUAAAAUGAUGCUCACCAAGUGCAAAAAAUUGGAGCACAUAACUGAAUGAGAGAAUGUGAUCAUGCUAGAAGCUUAGAUAUGUAGUACAUUUUAGUUUUGUAUGUUUUGUUAUUUAUGUUCCCAUUGGAAAAAAAAGAUUCAGUUGCAGAUCGCUGAGAAAUUUCAUUUCAAUUUGGGAACUUUCUCUGCCUUGCUGCAGUGUAAGUUUGUACAUAACAAAAUUGUAUAUUCUUUUGAAUUCAUAUUAGCAUUGUGCUGCUCUUUAUAUUGUGUCAAGAAGGCCUAUACCAUUGUCAGUUGCUAUGUUAGUUCAUUUGCUAUGUUUAUAUAUGCCACUAGAAAAUGAGGCAUGUUCUACCAAUAGUUAUCAUGUAUAGAAAAUUAGAUUUCAGUAAGAAUAUGGGAAAGGUUGGAAGUUUACAGAAAUACCCUGUCAUUAGAUUAAGGAAAACCACCAAAAUGUAUACAAAUAGAGAAAAGAGAAUAAUUUGUGGCCAUUUAACAUAAAAGACAAGUUUGGGUUUUACCAAAAAAAUUGAAAUAAAUGUUUAAGAAAGUUCAA